AUGGAUAGCGGCGGAGAUCAAGUUUCCCAAUCGUCUUCGAAGACAUCCACGGAGCAGACAGCAAGGAGUUCAAAGAAAUGGUUGUAUGUGUCAGCUUGCAUUACAAUCGGUAUUCUUGUUAUCGUUAGCAUCAUAGUGAUAUUCUUACUACGCUCACCAAAAGACGAAGGAACGGAGGUGAAAGGCAAGACAAAUAUUUAUGUUCUUCCACAAGAAUACCGUCUUCCAGGAACUCUUGUACCAUCGUCAUAUGAACUCGUCCUCCAAACAUAUUUGCCAUUCUACGUGGAUAUUCCGAAAGAGAAAAAUUUGACAAUCGAUGCUGAAGUGACAAUCAAGAUGCUCGUUCACAAGCCAACAAAUGUCAUAGUCCUCAAUCAAGCAGGAAUUUCUGUAAUAAAAGAAAAAUGCAGAGCAACUUCGAAUGGCAAAGCUGUCGAUAUACAAGAGGUUGAUUUUGAUCACACUCACGAAAAGGUUAGCUUUUAUCUGCGAGAUAGUCUACCGGUGGGACAGGAAGUCAUGCUAAAGGUCCCGUACUCUGCGCCAAUAAACAAUGGAAGCAAUGGACUUUACCAAAAUCUCUACCGGGAUAGCAACAAUAAAACAAAGAUAGCAGCUGUGACUCAUGUGGAGCCGACAAGUGCCCGAAAGAUGGUCCCUUGUUUUGAUGAGCCAGAGUAUAAAGCAUUUUGGAAAGUAAAGAUAAUACAUCCUAAAGGGACCAUAGCAAUCUCAAAUGCUAAGGAAUCAGAUGUGAUAACUCAACAAGGCGGAAAAUGGACAACAUCUACGUUUGAGCCGACUCCUAUUAUGUCAUCGUAUCUUCUUGCUCUUUUAGUGUCUGAAUUUACAUAUAACCAAAUGCAAACAAACAGAGGAGUAAGAUUCCGGCUGUGGUCAGCUCCUGCUACAAAAUCGCAAAGAGAGUACGGACUGAAAGUAGCUACCACUGUAAUGGAGUCCUUCGAAAAGUACUUCGGAGUGAAUGAUGUCAUGUCAAAGCAAGAUCUAGUCGCAUUGGAAAACUUUGAAGCAGGCGCAAUGGAAAAUUGGGGAAUGAUUACGUUUAGGAAAGCCUAUUUGCUGGAUUUAUCUCAAAAGUCUCAUAAGGAUCCGCUAGAAUUCAAAAGAGAGCAGCAUGAAAGGCGAAGACAAGUCGAGACUACUGUCGCACAUGAGCUCACACACCAGUGGUUUGGCAAUUUGGUAACAUUGAGCUGGUGGGAAGAGCUUUGGCUCAAUGAAGGUUUUGCUGCAUACUUUGAAGAUGUUCGAUUACUUGGUCCCGCUGAUGAAGGAAUGGAAAUUAGCAAAGAUGAAUUUGUCGAGGAAACUGAAGAUGCCUUGGUCGAGGACGCGAGAGUUAGUGGUCGACCUAUGUCAUCCAUAAUACACGAGUUUCGAGAAAUUGGCUCUUCUUUUGACACAAUCAGCUAUAACAGGGGCGCUGCAAUCAUCGCAAUGCUCCGUGCAGUGAUAGGAAAUAAGAAUUUCCAAAAGGGAUUAACGCAUUAUCUCAAAAAAUUUUCCUUCAAAUGCACCAAAAGUGAAGACCUUUGGCAAGCGUUGUCUGAUGUAUGUGAAGGAGUCAAAGGACCAAGCGGAUCAUCUUUAGAUCUAAAGAAUUUUGGGACCCAAUGGACGAAAAUGAUGGGAUAUCCUUUGGUUACCGCAAGAUUUUCAAGCGAUACGUUGGAGAUAACACAGCAGCGGUACACGCUCAAUACUUCUAUUCAAGAACAUGAAAAAUAUCGUUCUCCUCGUCAGAGUUACAAAUGGGAUGUACCCAUAUGGCUCAAAACUAAAAAAGGCGACACUAUAUUGGAAUGGCUGAAAGCAAAUGAACCACUUCACAUAAAUUUGGGAUCUUUGCAAAUGCCAGUGGUGAUAAAUGCUCAUCGCAAUGGCUAUUAUAGACAGAAUUAUGACAGGACUGGAUGGGAGCUUAUAGCGGCGCAGUUUACACGAAAUUCGGUGUUUGAUCAGUAUACGAGAUACGUGCUUUUGAGCGAUGCAUUUUCUGCAGCUGCUAUCGGUCAGCUGGAAUACGAACUUGUAUUUAAGCUCAUUCGUUAUGCUUACACAUCCAGAAACGGUGAAAAGCAAUGGCUGCCAUGGAAAGCAAUUGUAGUCGAGAUGAUGAAAAUAUAUAGAAUGUAUCCUGGAACAAGCGAAAACGCUUUCUAUGUUAGGUUAUACAUAGAAAAAGUGUUGCGACCAAUUCUUAUUGAAAUUGGUAAGAAAUUCUUUGCUGAAGAGACAGAAUUUGCUGAACAUAUAAGAAAGCAGAACGAAUCUUUGAAGGAGCGCAUCACUGGAAGAUUAGGUUGGGAAUCAAUGAGAUGGGAAUCCAAUAGUGCUUUAAACCUUGCGGUCUCUGUUCUUGAUCUGUACUGCAGACUUGGAUCAGGAUGUUCCUCGUUGUCUCGCUCACUUUUCGAACGCGAGGUUCUUCGCCGUUGUGAUACCACUGCGAAAGCAAGUGAAUGUGUUGGGAUUCACAGCAGUUUUAGAGGAUUUGCCUACUGCCAAGGAAUCAAAGAACUGGGACUUGUUGCAUUUCAAAAAGUGAGCAAUUUCCUAAUGAUUGAAGACGAUGCAGACGAAAGAAAACGCCUUCACACAGGCCUUGGUUGCAUACAAAACGUAGAUGUUUUGGAAAGGAGACUUCUAGAAAUGCUGGACAAGAAAACUACAUACAACGACCGAGAGAUAGCAGAUGUAUUCCACAGUGCUGCAAACAAUCCACCACCACCCUCAAAUGAUUCUUUGCUUCGGUUAUGCAUUUCAAAGUGGAAAGCAUUUCAUGAAAAGUUUGCGAAGAAUCACGAAGUUUUAUCUGAUUUUAUCAAAGAUUGCAUAUCGAAAGUGCAUUCUCGUGAAGAAAUGCUGAUGAUAGAAUCGGCUCAUAAAAGCUGUUGCAUUGGUAAAAGUGACGACGUCGUUCAAGCCGGACUGGAGCUUGCUGAGUUCAGGAUCAAGUGGAUAGAAAAAUAUUCGAAGAUAGUUUCCGACUUAACGCGAGCAGAGCUGGAAAGGCUGAAAAAAAAAGAUAAUGUGAUAAAACACGAUUAUGUAGAGGUAGAGACAGAGUAUGAAGAGUUGACCUUGUAUUGACAUUGAAUUUGACGUUUAAACUACCUAAAUUCGUUCUUGCGCAAAGCACACAGCUUAUCUCUUGUUUGAAAAAAUAAAUUUAAUG